GUUUUUUUACACACCAUAAUUCAACAACCCUACCCAGGAAUCUCUCUCUCUAACUUCUCUGUUUCUCUCUCCUCUACCUCACUCUGAUUUUUUUCCUUUCUGCUGUUUUUCUUCCAACAUUCUUCCGCCUUUAUUUCCUUCCGACAAGAUAAUUUUUUCUAGGGUUUUCUCCGGAGCUUUUUUUUUGGGGGUAAAAAUGGAGGUGAAUAAGUUGAGCCCUGACAUGGCUGUUUUGAGCAAACAGCUUAUGGUUUCCUCUUUUCUCGAGGCUGCAGCGGUUAAUACUGUUUUCGCUGCUCACAAAACCCUAGUUUCCCUUCUUAUGCUGGCCGAAGCUAUGCUGAACGCCGCCGACGGGCUACCAGACUGGAUGGCGAAACGGUUUCCCAUGGAGGAGCUUCGCAGGGUCGAGAAAGCGGGCCCCGAGAACAAAGACGGGAGUGACACAGAGGAUGACGACGAGGACGAUGAAGAGGAGGUUGAGGACCAGGACGAUGACGAUGCCGGCGACGAGGACUUCUCGGGCGGUGAGGAGGCCGGAGAUGAUGACGAGGCGGACCCCGAGGCGGACCCCGCCGCUAAUGGCAAUGAAGGCAGCGAUGAUGAUGACGACGACGAUGAUGACAAUGAUGGCGAUGAAGAUGAUGACGAUGAUGAUGAUGACGAGGAUGAGGAGGAGGACGACGAGGAGGAGGAUCAACCCCCGGCCAAGAAGAGGAAGUGAUGUGGAGUGGGCCCCACCUUAGAUGUUUGUUUAUUAUUAUCUUAUUUUAGAUGGUUUUUUUUUCUUCUAUUGGUUGGGAGUGUUUAUUUUAAUAGGAUGAGGUUAUUAUUUAGCUUGUUUUUUAUUUAUUUAUGAGUAGUAGUGGGAUUGAACUAUCUUUUAUCAGGAUGAUUGCGUUUCAUUUGAGAGAAUGUAACAUGCUCUGGAUUAUUUAUUGUGUGUCUGUGACUUGUAUGGUUGGUGUGA